UGGAGUCUUUUGUUUACUACGUGCGUCGCAAUGUUACCUUUUCCUUGAUGUCGUUUACUUCACACUGUUCAUUUAUCAACGUCAUUUCCGCUGCAGAUGCGGAGACUUCAAAAUAUAUCGCUGUAUUCCAUUAAUGAAUAAUACAAACACGGUUUUUAUCACAUCUCAGUAUAUGUGCAGAAACACCCAUUAAUAGUCAAAGAAUGAUCAAGAGUUUACCCAAAGAUGUUCAAGCACAACUACGCUCUGGCGUUACAAUCUUCUCAUUACAGCAGUGUAUAGAGGAGCUCAUAUUAAACAGCAUUGACUCCGGAGCAACAUGUGUUGCUGUCAAAAUAGAUGUAGCUGCCUUCAAAGUGCAGGUAAUCGACAACGGCUCAGGAAUGUGUCGAGAAGACAUGGAGAAAGUAGGAAUCAGAUACAACACAAGCAAAUGCAGUACAAUACAAGAUCUGGAUAACCUCCGCUUUUAUGGGUUCAGGGGUGAAGCCAUUUCCAGCAUUGUCUCUCUUGCUGAAGUGGUUGAAAUAAACUCUAGAACUAAGCAGACUGCAAAAACCUACGUUAAAAGAUUCAAUGAGACCAAAGAAUCAGAUGUUUUUGAAGCACAGACUGUUCGCCCGUCCGCAGGGACAACCGUGUCAGUCUGCAACCUCUUCCACAACAUGCCAGUCAGAAGAAAAAGAAUAGAUGACGUUUUAGAGACUGAACGUAUCCGUAAGAGAAUGGAGGCCAUAUCCUUAAUGCAUCCAUCUGUGUCCUUUACGUUAAAAAAAGAAAACUCUUCCCAAAUGGUAGUACAGCUUUCCAAAACAAGUAAUACCUUUUACAGAUUUGUUCAGAUUCAUGGGUUGAGUCGAGCCCAAAAACUUGGAGAGGUCAGUUAUGCCCAUGAGCAGUUUGAAAUGACAGGUCACAUUGGUCGUGAGGGUCACUACAACAACAGCUUGCAAUUUUUAUUUGUAAACGGGAGGCUUCUUCUGAAGACACGCAUUCAUAAAAUACUCAACAGUCUCUUGAAGAGAGUGAACUGCACAGCUAGACAAAACAACAGCCAGAAUACAUCCGCAUUGACAUCAAGCCCUAAACAAAGGGGUGGGACAGAUCUAUAUGGAGUCUAUGUGUUAAAUAUCAAAUGUCACUACUCUGAAUAUGACAUAUGCCUAGAACCAGCCAAGUCCCUUAUCGAGUUCAAAGACUGGGAUAAUGUUCUUAUCUGUGUUGAGGAAGGUGUAAAAUCAUUCCUUGCUAAGGAAAACCUAGUUAUGGAGUCUUCCGUGAAUGACAUUGAUGGUCCAACAGGUAGUCGAGACUCAGUGAGGAGUGUAAAGACCCCUGCAGAAGAACGAAACAUUGAUGUUAACAAAACACAUGAAGGAUAUAAAGCUCCGACUGAGAAAAAUUAUGAUAUGGAAGUCUCUGGUGGUGUUCAAAUGCAUAAGCACCCUACACCAAACACAGAAGGUUACACAAGUGAAGAAUCAGAGAUGGUUCAAAGUGUCAGUUUGCCCAUACAGACCACAUUACCAGUUGUUAACAAUAGCAAAACAGAUGUAAUACCUGACCAACAUGUAAAUGCAAUCUGUAUAGAUAGUAACUCAACGGUUGGGACAGAGACAGAUGGCAACAGUGACAAGAUUUCAGUAUUGUACUUCAAUACUUCAUCCAUGAAAGAUGAAAGAUGGGUGGAGGAUAGUUUGAAGCAAUUCAGUCUGUCGAACAAACUUCAUCCACGAAAGAGAAAAUUGCCAUUAAAUGACACUGCAAGAGCCGAGCAGGAUUGCCAUGUUUUUUACGGUCCCAGUUCAAAGAGCGUCAGAACUGAAGCACGCCGUAAAUUAACUCUGUCUUUUGAAACUGGAUCUCUUGACAAGUUCAGAAGGUUGUUCGGGAAGGAUGGUGAUAAAAAACAACCGUCUAUGGACAAAAGCAGUAUUUUAUAUCCAGAGUCCUCUAUAAAUUCAAAUGACCUCUCUGUUGGUUUUACUGGGCUGGAGUACACAGACAGGCAAGUACUAAUGAACAUUGACGAGACUGUAUCUGCACAUACAACAAGUUCUGCUAAAUCUUCACUAGGGGACAAAGCAGACAAUAUAUCAUUGAAUGCUAAACGUUCGCAUUUAAAAUGUGACAAAGAGACAUUCAAAUUACACAAGCAUCAGCCAUCACACAAGGCUAGUACAAGAGCAGAAUGGCUCAUAAAUGAAUCUUUUUCUUGUCCAGAUGUGCAAGACUUUAUUUCUGAUAAGAGAUCUCUUGUCGAGUCCAUGUCUUUUGAAUUAGAAGAAAGAUCCUUAGGAAACGAUCAGGGAAAACUUCUUGAAUAUGAAUCUUCUGAAAUUGUUGAUUUAGCCAUCAGUGAUCCUUUUACAGAAAAUCCAGACAUUGAUCUGAUUGAACAGAGCACAAAAAUUCCUUCUGCUUUAGAAGACUCACACCUCUGCAACCCGUGUAGGACUUCCUUUGGAGGAGGUAUGAACACCGCUGAUGAAGUUGGCAUAACCUCUGAGCAUAUUCCAAUGUCUAACAGUGCAAUAGAUGAAUGGGAGACUAUAAAUGAAAGUCGUGAUGAAGCAAUCCCAGUUUCCAGCAACUGGCUGUCCCAUUAUGACAGUUCAUUAGGUAAGCUGGUUUACAUUAACCAGGUUACAGGGCUCAGCAAAUACAACUCUCCUCCUGUGGAGGAGGCUCAAGUGCCAUGUACCACAGAUAUUACUAACAUGAUGGUCAGCGUCAUUUCAAAAACAGGAUUUGAGUACAGGUGUUAUCCAUUUCAGACAAAUAUUGUACUUCCCUUUCUCCCCAAGCCAAGAGCAGAGAGGGCUCUUUGCUCAUUGACAGAUAACAGAGAGGAUGUCCAAGGUCCAAAUUCACUUUCAGCUCUGUUUUCAGAAUGGACUAACCCAGUGUUUAUAAGACCUCCAGAGGUUGCUUUGGAUAUUACCAGUGGACAAGCGGAGGGCCUUGCUGUAAAAAUCCACAACAUUCUUUACCCCUGCCGGUUUACCAGGAAUAUGAUUCACACAAUGAAAGUCAUAAAUCAAGUGGACAAGAAGUUUCUUGCUUGUUUGAUAAAUACAGCAGAGCAAGAAGUGCCUGAAAGCGGUUACAAUGAAGGAAAUCUUCUUGUGUUGGUUGAUCAACAUGCUGCCCAUGAAAGAGUCCGACUGGAGGGGUUGGUGCUGGACUCCUAUGAGGAUGAUCCAGACACACCUGGAAAAAAGAGGCUGUGUUCCUCGAGUGUAACUCCACCCUUGGAGAUUAGUGUUACAGAGGAGGAUAUGAGACUUCUGAGGUCUUGUCAGGCUUUUUUGAGGGGUCUUGCUUUAGAUGUAAGCUUCCUGAAGAGUGAGUCACUAAAUGUGUUAUUGGAGAGACUUCCCACAUGUUUCAUAGAGAAAGAGAAUGCAGAGCUCCAGCGUGGAAGGCAGUCUGUAAUUAAAACCAUUGCAGAGGACUACCUGCGAGAACAAAUUGAGCUUCUGCGCUUAACAGGAAGAGUGAGAGGAACCCUGCCUUUAACAGUUCAUAAUGUACUUGCUUCACAAGCUUGUCAUGGAGCAAUUAAGUUCAAUCACAUUCUGAGUAAAGAGGAGUGUUGUAGUCUGGUGAGCUCGCUCUCCUCUUGUCAGCUUCCCUUUCAAUGUGCCCAUGGCAGACCUUCCAUUGUCCCACUUGCAGAUCUUUACCAUUUAGAAGAUCAGCAGGAUCUUCCCAAACCAAAUCUGAGGAAACUGAGAAGAAUGUACAAGGCAUGGCAACUAUAUGGAAAAGACAAAUCUGUUUCACAAAACUAAGCAUGAAUUUAGAAAACAAAACGUUCUGCACUUUACAUAUUGUGUUAAAUUAAUUAUCUUAAUGAAGAAUGUCUACUUUUAUAUAUUGGCAUUUUCUUCAAAUAUCAAAAACAAUAAAAAAUACAUAAAUAUGACGGCUUUUAUUUUGUUGCACUCAUGGAUAC